AUGUUUCAUUCUCACCAUCUCAGAGCUCUUGUGUACCUCAACCAUCUCUCUUCAACUCCAAAAUGUUACUACCUUCUCCACUCUCUCAAUCCCUUCUCCACCACCACCACUUCAGAUUCAGACCAAAAAUCUUUCACACUUUCCUACCUCACCAACAACUGUGGCUUAUCUCCACAAGACGCUCUCAAAGCAUCAAAACGACUUCGUUUCACUUUCUCCACCCCCGAAAGACCCAACUCCGUUAUCGCCUUCUUCAAAACCCACGGUUUCUCCAAUCACCAAAUCCAAUCCAUCAUUCUCAAGAAUCCUGAACUCAUCCUUUCCAACCCCAUCAAAACUAUUCUCCCAAAGUUUCAAUUUUUAUCCUCCAAAGGCGCUUCUCCCUCCGACAUAGUCGCCGCCGUCAUCAGAAGCUCUAGUUUCCUCCGUGUAAGCCUUGAGAAACACAUAAUCCCCGCUUUUGAAUUGGUAAGAGGUUUCUGUCCCUCUGAUAAAAAAGCUAUUACUUCAAUUAUCAUUUGUCCUGCUUCCAUGAGUGAUAUUCGCAUGAAACCUAAUGUUCAAUUUUUGCUUGAUAUUGGGGUCAAUUCCUCGAGUAUUUACCAUUUGCUUUCUACUAGACCUUCUGUUAUUUGUUCUACUGAUUUGAGAAAAGCUGUGCAAGAAAUUAAGGAAUUAGGGUUUCACCCUUCAAAAUACAAUUUUUGUGUGGCAUUAUUAGCCAAAAGGGGUAUUACCAAAUCCCAAUGGGAUGCCAAAGUUGAUGUCUUGAAGAAAUGGGGUUGGUCCCAUGAUGAAAUUUUACUUGCAUUUAAAAAGAACCCUAAGAUUAUGCUACGGUCCGCGGAUAAACUCAACGCAGUAAUGAGUUUUUGGAUCAAACAGCUUGGUUGGGAUCCUUCAGUGCUCUUGGCAGCACCGGAUCUAUUCGGAUUUAGUCUAGAGAAAAGGCUUAUCCCAAGGGCAUCUGUUGUCAGGUAUCUGCUAUCCAAAGGUUUGAUAAAGAAGAGUGCUAGCCUGUAUACACCGUUUAAUUUGUCUGAUGAGUUGUUCAUGAAAAAGUAUGUGAGUUCUUAUGAGGAGGAAGCAUCUAGGCUAUUAAGGCUAUAUCAGGGGAAGGAUGCUAGCAUAUAG